GUCACAUGAUAGAUGCGACCGCGAUUGCUUUUCUUCAAGCUUCUCCCCAAGCUUCUAACUUCCGAGCGUUGUUCCAACCUCGGAUUAAAUUGUUUAUUGUCGUGUAUUGUCAACGAAUGCUUGCGAGAAGUUGUUUUGUGUUCGCGGUGUAUUCAGAUAGAUGUUUACAGAUUACUCAUAUGACAAUCGGUAGACGAUUAAGAACGAGUACUUGGUGCGGUGCUAAGUGUGUUUUGUAAAGUGGAGAAAAUAUACUAGUGUGCACGUAAGUGUACGAGUCGACUGCAAUGGCUUGUAUCCAAAGACUUAAAUGUUUUCGAACGUGAACUUUUUUACAUUAAAAGAAAGAAAAAAAUAUAUAUAAUUCUGAGCAUGUCUAGUGGUGCCAGGACUUAGAUGAUACAGGAGCUGUUUAUGACCAAUAUAAUACACGAACUUUUCUUUACUUUUAAGACCAUUUCCUAGCACGAUUUACGUACAUUAACUCGUGCCCUCAAGGACCGUCCCUGUUUGUUAAAAUAAAAUAUAUUUUGUGCUCGUAUAACAAAGUUUUCUAUACACAAUCAAAAGCUUUGACAGACAUACCGAUAAAGCAAAUAUCAGAAGUUGAAUAGCAGAUUUAGAGGCCCUAGAACGACCCUGGCUUUGCACUGAUUAUCCCACGUUAUUGCAAGACGAACCUGGAUAGGUAUACAUCGACAUCGCCAAGACUCUAGGAGUUCCUGUGAUAAAGAAAACAUAUUUAGACUUCCUAUCAAAAUGGAAAAUAAUGCCGAUGGAGAUAACAUAAACCUAAGUUGCGGGGAAAAUGAAAUGGGGGAUGAGCUGAAAAUAGGUGCUGAUGAGACUUACGACACACGCAGUGAGGUGUCUUCUAGUAGCUCAGAUUCAGAAUCCAGCCAACCGAGCAUUAGCUCAGUUUCGACAAAUUCUUCAAGGGGAGACAACAAGCGAAAUCGUAGAAACAAAGGAAAACGGGCAAGGUCGAGGGAUUCGAAGUCUUCUAGUCCUGAGACUAAACGUGCAAGAUCCAAGGAGAGCAAAGCUAUCGCCAAAAACUACGAUUACACGACAAAACUAAAUUAUUUAUUUAGAGAUGCAAGGUUCUUCAUCAUUAAAUCAAAUAAUGCCGAAAACGUGACGUUAUCGAAAGCAAAAGGAGUGUGGAGUACUCUUCCGCAAAACGAAGCUAAUUUGAAUCAAGCAUAUAGCGAAUCGAGAAAUGUUCUUCUCAUUUUCUCAGUUAAGGAAUCCGGAAAAUUUGCUGGAUUUGCUAGGCUCAGCACGGAGUCCCGAAGAGACGGACCUCCUAUAUCAUGGGUAUUGCCGCCGGGUCUAUCAGCCAAAGCAUUAGGAGGAGUAUUCAAGGUCGAUUGGGUAUGCAGAAAAGAAUUACCUUUUACAUCGACGCUGCACCUGUACAAUCCUUGGAACGAUGGUAAACAAGUUAAGAUUGGACGGGAUGGUCAGGAAAUUGAACCACGAGUCGCUGAGGAGUUGUGCAGGCUGUUCCCAGAAGACGAAGGAAUAGAAAUGACACCCAUUUUACGAAAGUCGAAGGAAGCAUCCAAAAAUGUGUUGAGAACUUCAAGAAGCUAUCGUGAUAACAAUAGGUCUGUAAACACCUCGAGAUUUCUACGUAGUCGUGGAAGAGGUCGUAGGCUGUUUCUGACUUCAAGGUCGCGCUUGGCUUCAUUGGCCAGAGGCAACCUGCACCCGUCAGGAGAUCACAGGGGUUCGAGAGAUCACCACCAAAGAUAUCCAACGUGGUUUAGUCGCGGGGAUUCCCCCUAUGCAAAAGGCUACGGGAGCUCUGGAAUCGGUGCAGCUGCAGCUGCUGAAGCUUAUGUCGCAGAUUACAUGCGUACAAUGCAGCAUCAAUUACCUCCUCUACCACCAUAUGUUGCUUCUCACCCUUAUGAUGCCAUACCACCACCACCUCCACCCCCUCGCUACUAUGAUGGACUACCUCUACCACCAGAUUAUAGUUCUUCAACUUCUUCCUUGGAUAAACGAAGCUAUGAACGCAGUGUUGACGAAUUUUUGUGGCGAACUGCAAGUCGACAUAGCCGACACAGUGAUCAUCGUUCGUCCACUCGGGAUCACCACCACCGUUACAGGGAACGUAGAUAAAUUUGAUAAAUACAUUUUUUUAUACUGUUCCACUUGGCGCCUCAUUCUGAAUGAGAAGGGUAUUGGAAAUCCGUAGGGAAAUCAACGAAUUUCGUUGUCUCAUCAAUUGUAGGUUUACUUUUCUCAUUAAUUUUUGUAAUAUUUUCUAUGUGAAGUGUUUAUAUUCACGAAUUUCUUGUGUCCUCGAAUAUGUCGAUUCCGUAAUAGGAAAUAUCAACAUUAAAUUCACUGACCUAUAAUUUGGUCAAAUGUAACUUAGGAAAUGCUAAUCUCUUCAGUAUUUUUUUCCGUUUUUCUUGUUUCUGAAGUUAAACAUAACAUAAUUUUUUGACAACUAGAUUAAUAACGUCAAAUUGAUUUGUGUUGGGAAUCUUGCGAUUCUGAUAAUAUUCGUGAAGCGAAUGUUCCAUCUAACUUCAGUAAAGUAAUGGAUAUAUAAGAAGCGGAGGUACAUGUGUGAUGUUAGCAUGUAGACCUAUACGAAAUAGUUGAUUCAAUUUUUUAGUUCACACUGAAGAGUAAUUAAUAAGAUUGAAUGUGUAUACCGCGUGACAUAUGAAUUUAUACUGUACUGUAUACCUACUAAUGCUGUCAGGAAAGACAAAUAAAUUAAUUUCAGGUA